AUGUUGGCUCGACCAACAUUCACUCGAAAAAGAGAAUUGAUUGAUGGAAAUCAAAGACCAAAUAAACGAAACAGACCAGAUAAAGAGUAUCUUAUCAAAACUUAUGAAAAAAAGUUCAAAAAGCGAAAAGUAUUGGUUGUUGUGGACGAAUUGUGCUUGAGAGCUGAGAAUGAUAGACAAUUGUGAGUUGAUAAAAACUUUUUCGUAAAUUAAAACAAUUUAUAGGACGAACAAUUUGCUCCGCGAACUUGACAAUGAACAUGUAAGAAAUGUGAAUAAGAAAUAUAUAGUGGAAUGUUGUACAAAAUUAUUGACUGCUUGUUCUGUUGCCAAACUCGAUACAAUUUCUUGCAAAAUAUUUCGAACACUUUUUUCCAUCAUGAAACAAGGAGAUCGAAUUCAAUGGAUAUCAUUUCUUGAAAGCCUCAAAAACUUCGAAGUUCUGUUCACGAAAAUAUGUUUAGAUGCAAACAUUCUUGAAGUAUACACAUUUGCACUCAGUCAAGAAUAUAUUAAGGUAGAAGAUAUCCCAGAACAAGUUAUGGUUUGCUCAAAACGGGGAAUUUCUCAAACACAUUCAACUGAUAAUAGAACGAAAAGUCUUUCUAUUAAUUUUCAAGUGUCUUAUUUCAUGGCUGGUAAGAAUUCUUUUGAGGUUUAUUUGAAUUUCUUGAAUAAUUGCAGAUACAAAAAGCGAAACAAAAAUGAAAGAAUGUGAAAAACUGUUAUGUAAACUAGCAGUCGAUCGAGAUUUUCGAACGAGAAAUGUUGCUUGUGAAGGAUUUUUGAAGUUAACUGAACACGGGUAUAAAUUGAAUAAAUCGACAUAUCAAAUAAUAAAAGGACUUAUGACGGAUACUGAUUCAAAUAUUAGAAUAAUGGCUUUAAGUUUAUCGUUGUAUUUUGCAAACAGAAAACCGAGGUAAUUUUGUUAGGUUUUUUAUCGAUAAUUUUUAAAUAUUUGUAGUGAAACAACUUCUGGAAAAGGAACAAUAUUAAUUACCGAUGAUGCAUUUUCAGCUGUAUGUGAUGCAAUGAAUGAUAUUGAGGUUUGUUUUUAUAAUGUUUUCAUAAUUAAUAGUUUUAAUUUAUAGCUGAAUGUUCGUGUAAAAGCGGCAAAAAUCUUGGGUGGAUUCGAAAAUGUGUCAGAAGAACUUAUUCAUCAAACUUUAGACAAGAAAAUGAUGAGAACAAAUAAAGCAUCGGAAGUUGUUAAAAUUCAAAAAAUCGAUGUUUGCGAUGAGUAAAAAACAAAUGAGUGGAGUUGAUAAAAGAUGGAAAUUUCUGAAAAAGAAUAAAAAUACGGAACAACAGUAAGAUUUUAUUUUUGGAUAGAAAUAAAGGAUAGAUUUUUAGGGAUAAUUCACGAGGAGGUUGGUCACGAGGAAAAGAACUGAAUGCUUCGUGUCCAGAAGCAUCUUCGUCUUCAAAAAAUCAAGAUGAGGAUGACGAUUCAAUCAUUCCACAUGGAGCUUGUGGAGCAUUUGUAUCUGCUUUAGAAGAUGAAUUUAUGGGUUUGUUAUUAUUUUCUAAAUAAAUAAAAUUAUUGAAAAACCUUAAUUAAUUUUCAGAUGUUCGUAGAGCUGCUGUUUGGUCUCUUGGAAAAUUAGCCUCAAAUCGGCCAAGUUUUGCGAUAUCUGCUUUGGAAUAUUUGGCGGACAUGUUCAAUGAUGAAAUUUCUGAUGUUCGUUUAGAUGCAAUCAAUGCACUAACUCCUUUAAUUUCUCAUGGACAAUUAAAUAGUGAACAACUUAAUGUUAUUCUUAAAUGUUUAGAUGUAAGUUUAGUUUUAUAUUCUAAAAAAUCAAUAGAAAAUAUAUUUAGGAUGGAAUGGCUGAUUCAAGACAAGCAAUGAGAGAACUACUAAAACGUGCUCAAUUUGUUGAUGUUCAAUGCAUUGAAUUAUGUGUUAAAGCACUUUUAGCAUGUCUAAAAAGAUUCCCAAAAGAUAAAGAUCAAAUAUUUUCUUGUAUGGGUUUUAUUGGAAAAAAUCAUUCGAUUCAAGUUCAAUCAAUGAUGCGAGAUUUGCUUGGAAUCAAUUUAUUAUUUCAUACAAGAGAACAUUCUAUUGAAGAUGUUGUUUGUAAGUUGAAUGAAAAUAUUAUUCAGAAUUAGUAAAUUUUUUCAGAUCUUGCAAAACUUGUUAUGGUUCUAAAUGCAGCAUCGCAACAAAAUCCAAUGGUUCAUUUGAUGCCUGAAUUUGUUCAAAGACAUUAUCGAUUUUUACGAAGUUCAUCUCCUCAUCUUGUUUCUGCUAUCACAAUUCUUGACGAACAAUCGAAUGGUAAAUUAAGAUUGGCUGAAAAAUCUGAAAAUACUGCAAAAGCUGAAGAAAUUGUUCUCAAAACAUAUUCUCGAUUAUGUGAAUCAGAAAAUUGUCAAAAUAUAAUGGAUAGAAAUAUUAAAAGAGAUGGCAUUUUCAGGUUUGAUUCAAGAUUUUGGAUUAUGAAAUUAUUUAUUUAUUAUUUCAGAGAUGCAAGUGCAGUUAGUAUUUAUAAUGAAAAUGUUAGUGGAGCUGCUCGACUUAUUUGUUGUUUGGGUGAAAUUGCAACAAAUUUAGAUAAUGUUGCAAAUACAGUAAUAUAUGGUGGAGAAAUUGGAGAUGUUCGUAGUUUGAUCGCCCAACAUUUGGAAAAUAUGCAAUCGAUUGAAUAUCAAUUUUCUGGAAUCACACCACAAAUUCAAAGUUAUUUGACACAUUGUCGAUUUUAUCUUUCAUUUAUUGAUCUUUUAACAUGGAUGUUUCAAACAAUUGUGCAACAAAAUGAAAUUAUUUCAAUUAUCAAUGGAUUUUGUGAAGAUUCGAAAAGAAGAACAAAAAAUAUACAAAUAUCUGAAGAAUUUCAAGAAAUUAUCGAACACGCUGAAAAUAUAUUUGUGAAAAAAUCAAUUGGAGAAGAAUCAAAGAAAAUUAUAACAUCAGCAACGAUUUGUGCAUUUUUAGACAAAGCAAUGCCAAAAUUACCAAAUAAAUUUCCAAAAUGCCGGAAUUUGCAUCUAAAAUACGCGCAGGUUAGUAAUAUCUCUAGUUUUCUCUUGCCAAACACAUUUCAACACGUUUUUCUUCUCUCUCCUGCCGUGUUGGUUUAGUGUAGGGGUAAAGUGUUUGCUUGUCAAACGAACGAGUUUUUGAUUCGCGAGUUCGAUUCCCCAUUGAGUCGAUGAUGGUUGUUUCAAGACGGGACCGACUUGUGAAUGAUGCAUAAAUGAACUGCUGAGACUACUUUUUUUUUCAGAUUACAACUCCUAACAAAGACACUGCAAUUGAAUCUGCUGUUCGAUUUUUCUCAAAUAUGCCACAUGGAAUUGCUUUUGAAGCGAAUUUGUUGAAUUUGUGUGAAGGUGAUUCGGAAAAUAUACGAAUUCGAACCGUUUUCCCUGAUGGAAAAGCGGAUAUGAUGAAACCACGCGAAAAAGACAUUAAACUUCAAGAAGAUGGAAGUCACGUUGUUUCAACUCAUGUCAAAGUAACUUCUUCUAAUUCGUGGGCAGAUUCUGCUGAAAUUGACAUUAUCAUUGGUCUUUUGUUACCAAAUAAUUCUCAUUUUGUACCACUUUUUGCAUCGCCUUCUUGUUUUACACAAGCUCAUGUGCGUGUUAAAAUUCAUCCCGUUUCAAGAUAA